AUGGAAUACAACCAAGAAGAAGACCCGACACCUAAAACAAUUGCAGAAAUCUGGGAACAUGUGAAGGAGGAGUUUGAGAGAUGUACUGAGGAGAGGCUCGAGCCAACAACCGAGCGCUCACUAAAGACACUUCGCCGAACGAUCGAGAACAACCAGUUCGCCCAGAAUACUCGUGGAAAGAAAGCAAAGGUGGCUGGGCUGAAGAUUCUCAAGUUUGUACAACUCCUGGGUGGAGUAGCAUCCCAGGGUGCCUCACUGGCUUUCCCACCUUCUGAGCUUUGCUUCAAUGCAUUGUCUUUGCUGCUGGAUACAGUGCAGAGAGUUGCAGGUUACGACUCUGUCAUUGAGGAUAUUUUCCUGAAGAUUGAGCCCGUUCUAUCACAGUUCAAGAUCUAUGAGAAGAUCGAAAGGAUCGAAAAAAUCGAUGAACAGCUAGUCCUCACGAUCCACAGGGUCAUGAGCUGCUUUGUAAUGCUAUGUGCCAAAUGUACCAACUAUAACAAAAGCAAAAGUCAUCGAUGGCAUGAAAGGGGCAAAGCAGCUCUAUUUGACGAUGACACCACAGCCGAGCUACAAAACCUCAGUGACUUAAUUUCGAGUCAGCGUGAUAUUCAAGGUGCUGUAACCCUUGGAUUGGCUAUUGAGAAUCGUCAUUACCUUCAGCAACUUAGCUUACUUAGCGAGACGCUCCGACAAUAUGUAGAGGAUAUCUGGGAGCAAAUUGGAGAUUUGAUCGCUGCUGAACAGGGACGCCAAUUGGCACAGACGGAAAAAUAUCAUCUUGAGAAGAUCAAGAAAGCCCUUGGAGUAGAUGACGCUCAGAUCUCGAACUCAAUAGAUCUUUGUGAGAAUCUCUGGGAAAAUUCUGUGCAAGACAGUGGUCAUUGGUUAAUACAACGAAAAGAUUUCAUUGAUUGGAGAGAUGGAGAUGCUGAAACAAGCCCCUUGCUUGUUCUGAAUGGCGAUCCUGGAUGUGGGAAAUCAGUCAUGUCGUCGGUUAUUUUCCAUCAUUUAAGCGACAAACAAUUCCAAGACGGCGGAGGCACCUUGGUAACUUAUCACUCUUUCCCAAUAGCGACUGGAAAGACUGGAGAGGAUGUGAAACCUGCAAUAACAGCACUUAAAUCUCUCUGCAGACAGUUAGCAGCAAAAGAUUCCGCUUAUGCAAAAUGCAUUGCCGAUAGUUUCAAGGCUCCCGCCAAAAACAGCAAAUAUAUCCAGGAAGCGAAAUGUCGUCAGCUUUGGGAUGACCUCAGGCUUGGGGUUCCGACACAAACAAAUAUCCAUUUCUUGCUCCUGGAUGCUGUUGACAACUUACCCCAAAACGAUUUUCAGGAGCUCACUAAGAUUUUUAGGAAAAUCGCCGCGGACAAAGGUGGAAGGACUCGCAUUAUAGUGUCCGGGCGACUGCUUCAGGCGAAACUUUUGAGUACAGGCACAGAUGAGCUGCCCGGAACUUGGAUUAACGUCAAGGAACAUAACACGAUAAACAUUGAGAAAUACGCAAAAAGAGAGAUUGAGAGAGCAGGUCUCUUCCAAAUUUGGAUCGACGUGAAGAAACGUCUUGUCAGCCGGGCUGAAGGAUCAUUCAUCAAAGCCCAGCAUGAUAUAGCAAUGAUCAAGGACAAGGUAGCAUCGAAAGCGACCAAGGAGGCUAUCAUCACAGCCUUGGAUGAGAAGCGAAAGAGUCCGAAAGACGUUGUUAAAGAUGAUUUGAGGUCUCUGUGGAUAUCUCUCCAGCCUGAUUUGGUCGAUGAGCUUAACGAACUUCUGCUUUGGGUUCAUUUUGGGCCUUACUACUAUGAUGUGGAGCAACUCCAAGCCAUUCUGCACCUGCGCCAGCGACCAAUACCCGUUCAACCACUGAGUGACCGAAUUGAAGAAGAGUAUUCGAAGAUUUUCGAGGUCAAACAAGACAAAGACAUCAUAUUGAAGCAUUACAUCAGAGGCUGUGUGGUCACCAAAGAACGAAAGAAGCAAAUAUCCAAUGAGAAAACCAUCAGCGCCACGAUCAGUAUCGCAAAUGCGAACAAGGAGACCGUCCAACGUUUCUUCUGGGAGUUAAAUCGUUUCGCUGUCAUGGAUGAAUUUAAUUUGGUCUCCAGAUUAGAAAAGGCUAAAAUCCAAAUCAAUAAGACAGAUUCAUAUAUGAUUAUGCUGAAAGCCACAUUUUCAUUGCUUUUCAAUCCUCCGAACGAAAAGACAGAUAUUUUGGACAACACAUUGCUGGAUGGGCUUAUAGACAUCUUGAGGUUCUUAUAUCACGGAAAUGAUUCCAAGCCCGAGAUCGCUGGAACUGAUGCAGAAUCUGCAAGUCAAACUGCCGAGCUGUCUACCGAAGCAGACUCUCAAGAGCAGCAUAUCAAAAUUGAAGAUAGCACCGAGCUUGAAACGGACAACAUGAGUGAAAUCAGUACCGACGAUGCAAUCGAGCUCGGCAUAGCAGAGGAAACAGAGCUAAGUGCGGCAGAGAAACAAGAGAUUGCACAGGGAAUUUUCGAUCUCUUCUAUAGCCCAGAAUUCCUCACAGAGCACUGGGAUAGCAAACAACCUAUCUCAUGGAUACAAAACAAAGAUGAUUUAAAAGUAUUCUGGGACUGGCUGGGAGACCCCGAGGCCACUAGCAAGCUUCGACGAGCAGAGCGGGAUUGGCUUGAUUCUGUCAAGAAAGGCCCAAAUCGAACAAGAAACUUACUCGCUCCUUUGAUGAAAAUUAUUGCCAGCGAAUGGUUGACGAAGAGAGACUGGGAUGCUGUUGGUGUCUUUUGUACUAUCUCCGACACACUUAUAAUGAUUUCAGAGGAUGAUCCGCAGCCGAGUGAUUUCGCGCAAAAUCAGGAUAUUUUGGAUUAUAUGAAUGAUGAUGACCCUGAUGAGAUACCUGUAGCAUUGAUAAAGAAGGCUGGAGAAUGUUGCAGAGAGCUUCUGAGUAUGACCCAAUACAAUAGCAUCUGCCACAUGCGGCUCGGCGACACAUAUCGAGAAUUGACCCUUGAUGCAGAGGCCCUCGAAGAGUAUAUACAGGCAAUUAAAAUGAUGCUGGAGGCAAGAGCAUCAAAUGAAAGCUUUGAUGAGGAUGCACUUCAUGACGCGCUUCUCAGUGCCGGGAAGUUGUCUGAGGAGGACGAGCUUAGUUACUACCAGCAAGCAAAGACCCUUGAUCCGAAAAGCAUAGACGUCCAAUACGCCAUCUUGAAAUACCACAUCUUGAAAGCGGAGUGGAAGGACGCAGCUUCUAUUCUCAUUGAAAUUGCCGGCUUGAAGGAUGAUGAUCACCCGGAUCAACUCCUUAGCGUUCUGGAAAUGAUCAUUGAGGAACGAAAGAACAACCUUGACGACAACAAUCUUUUCAAUUCCCUCAUCUCAGUUGUGUCCAGUAGACCAGAUCUCCAGCGAGUACUUACAACGUGCAUGGACUUGGCAAUCGCAAAGGCUCGCUCGAAAGAACGCUUUGAUCACCUUGCUAUUCUUCAGCUCCAAAAGGGUAUCGCAGAAUCCCUUUGUGACGAUGAAAAUAGUGUUUCAAGGGCGAUGUCUUGUUGGGAAGAUUGUUGGUCUCUCGCUAAGUUGAACAGCGACAAAGACGGAGAGAAGGUUUUCAGAACUCUUCUCACACAGGCGGGUGAGCUUCUAAGCAUGUAUCAUUUCGACAAAAUGCACCUUCAUCCAGAGAAGGAUGUUUCAUAUCAUGUGAUGAAGAUCGAGGAGAUUAUCAGACUUCAAGCCCUGAAUGGAACAAACGGACUGACAAAGGCAAAGUGCUAUCUAGCUGCUCACUAUACACGAAAAGGAGAUCAAAGCCGUGCACGGGAUAUCUUCAAGUCAGAUGUGAUUACCGCAUUCAACAUCUUCGCUGAUGAUGAUCCCGCAAACGACUGGAUAGCAUAUAGCAGCCUUGCUUCCAUUCUAACGCACUGUGGAGAAAAAAAUGAUGCUCUGAUGGCCUAUGAGCUCCUUCCGUAUAAGUACCUUGAUCGAGAUAUCUUAUGCACACUCCUGAGCUCGGAAGACGAAAUGGAAGACGAGGCGGGUACCAGGAUUCUUGCAAUCUACAAGGCGUAUUGUGACAAGGGGAAAGACGACGACAACGAAGCCAUAAUCAAGACAUUACUGAAAGAUGCAACUUUGAUCGCUAAAGAAGUUUCUUCGGAGCCAAUUUCUUGGGGCAGAGCUUUGGCUGUACUUGAAAGCAUGAAUGCAAUCUUUGAGAAGGACUUUCACUGGAGGUGUGCCAUCUGCGGUGACAUGUAUGGCUUUGGUUCUGAUUUAUAUGCUUGUCAAUUCUGUUUCUCAGCGAGGUUUUGUGAAGAUUGUCAUGGAAACCUGUGCUCUUCGAAAGGUCUUGAACAGCUGACUUGUCGGGGCACGCAUGAGUGGUAUCGUCUACCAUCAUGGGAUUUGAACAGCCUUCUACAAGCUUAUCGAAAACAGAUCAAUAGUGGAUCGGACCUGAAAGUGGACACGGCCAACAAACUUACCACUACUGUGAAUGAAUGGCUUGGGGCCUUGUGUGAUAAAUGGGGGUUAAAGAAGGAGACUUGGGGUUUUGCUCGAGUCGAAGCUACCUAG